AGUCAGUCAGACAACUUGUGAAAAUUUGUGAUAUUACAUAAGUUUUCAAAGAAAAAAAACGAUUUAAAAAUGGGAUUGCAUUUCGGAGAACUUGCAAAAAUCCGUGGAUUGAUAACUUAUAAACUUUCUCCACACGAACAACGCGCUUUCGCUGGCGCCAUUUCCAAUGGUAUACCAAAUAUAUUCCGAAGGUUCCGCGAAAGCGUAUUCAAAUGGGCACCCCCAUUCGUUGUUGGAUAUUUGAUUUAUGAAGGAGUUGAACGAGAACACCACAGACUUAGUCGCAAGAAUCCAGCUGACUUUGAAAAUGAUCAAUAAGUAGUUAUGUAAAUUGAAAAUCCUUAAAUUUGUAGUAAAAUAUAAUUUCUUAAUGU